CGCCGACACAAGGGGUGAACAAACCAAACAACCAGGUGCUCCAUGACAGCAGCUUCUGGACAGCAGAGGCUGUGUGUAUUGUAUGUUGUUAGCUAUAGAAACGUUCAUUUUGUGCACAUUUUAGCAGCAAAUCCUGCGAAAUAAAUAGUGUUUUUUAGGAAUAAGAGACUAUCUUCUAUUCAGGGUAAUUAAACAGUUAAUGCGGAUGUAGAGAAUAAACCGUUUUAUCUCUCCUCCCCUCUAAAUGAUAGGGAAGCUUCAUAGCCCUGAGGAAAACAUAUAGAAUAGAUCUGCAGUUUCCUUUCUGUCAAUAAUAAAUAAACAGCAACUGAUGGCGACCAGUGCCAAGAGACCAUCCCUGCAGGGUCCUGUACCACCUCCUCGCAAGAAGACCACCCCCAAACCAGAGCUGACUGAGGAGCAGAAGCAGGAGAUCAGGGAGGCCUUUGAGCUGUUUGACACCGAUGGAUCCGGAUACAUCGAUGUCAAGGAGCUCAAGGUUGCAAUGAGAGCUCUGGGGUUUGAACCAAAGAAAGAGGAGAUCAAGAAGAUGAUUGGCGACGUGGAUAAGGACGGCACAGGGAAAAUCUCUUUCGCUGACUUCCUCUCUGUCAUGACACAGAAAAUGGCCGAGAAAGACUCCAAAGAGGAGAUCCUGAAAGCUUUCCGCCUGUUCGACGACGAUGAAACGGGAAAGAUCUCAUUCAAGAAUCUGAAGAGAGUAGCCAAAGAGCUGGGAGAGAACCUCACAGAUGAAGAGCUGCAGGAAAUGAUAGAUGAAGCAGACCGGGAUGGAGACGGAGAAGUGAACCAGCAGGAGUUCCUGCGCAUUAUGAAGAAAACCUGCCUUUACUGAAGGAAGUGCUCGACAUCAGCGUUGGCGAUGGCGAGGGGACCAGUGGUGGUUUCACAUGUAAUGCUGCUCCAUAUCUAAUUUCCCUUUCCUUAUUAUCGUGUCGUGCCAUUCAUCACCACUUAUGAGUCAAUCAAAAGGUUAAACUGUCAUAUACUACGCUGAAAGGGAGUUGUUAAAGACUUGUGGUGAUAUGCCAAACUAUCCUCCUUUGAUUUAAUCUACAUUACAUUUGCCAAAAACAGUAAGAGGGAUACCCUCUUUCUUGUUUGGAAUGCUGCAUACUUUUAUGAAGAAUACAUUGAUAAUAUUAAUGAUAAUAUGUAGGUUAUUUAUUGUCAAGAAAUUCUCAGUGCCUACGUCAAUACGGUGACAAACACAGUACAUUCCAAGGCUUUGAUUGAUAAAACAGUGUGUGCAUUACGUUUGGUUUACACUGGUAACUCCAGUGUUUCAUGUUUUGGCUCUUGUAACCGCUGGUAAUUGGGGAGCGCUGUCUUCACCUCAGUGCUACCUGUGGAUUUGUGCCUGUGCCUUUUUAAAGGGGUAAUCCCACUAUCUUUAAAAUAGGAUUGUGUUUGUAUUUUUGUCGUAGCAUUGAGUAUUUAUUCCUCUGUUGUGUUGAACUACUCUAUAAUACGCAAGUAUUCUUGAAUGUUUUGUAUGAUACAUAGUGACUUUAAUGAGUAAAUAUAAAGCAUAUAAGUGUUUAUGGUACAAAUUAAAUAUCUUGAAGCAG